GUGGCUAACCCAGUAUUGGCCUGCCACAGCCUCUUAAAAUAGCAUUUAGCAAACAAACGCUGAUAACAAAGGCGUUUGGAGUGUCACUGUAGUUGUAGUGAGGUCGCGCUUAAGUGUCGACAUCACAAAAGAGAGCGCUUGUGUUGGUUUUUAGCUAGCCUGUUCACCGUUAAGGCCUGCUGCAAUGAAACAGAACUGGGCUAGCCUCCUGUUUGCCAGGUCCAGGGAGAAGAUGAAUGUCGUCAAAGACAACAAAGACCUGGCCUGCUUCUACACCACCAAACACUCCUGGAGGGGAAAAUACAAGCGAGUCUUCUCAGUGGGGACACAUGGCAUUACCACUUACAACCCUACCACACUAGAAGUAACAAAUCAGUGGCCUUAUGGAGACAUCUGUGGUAUCGGCCCCGUAGGAAGAGGUCAGGGGACAGAAUUCAGCCUCACAUUCCGCAAAGGCAGCGGCAAGAAGUCCGAAACACUGAAGUUCUCUACAGAGCACCGGACAGAGCUGCUCACAGAAGCACUGAGAUUCAGAACAGAGUUUUCAGAGGGAAAGAUAACUGGUAGGCGUUACAACUGCUACAAGCAUCACUGGAGUGACACACGGAAGCCCGUGAGCUUAGAGGUAACGCCUGGUGGCAUUGACCAAAUUGACCCCCACACCAACAGAGUGGUGUGUUCCUAUGACUACCGGAAUAUCGAGGGCUUUGUGGAGGUCUCUGAUUACCAGGGAGGAUUUAGCAUCCUCUACGGUGGCUUCAGCAGGCUGCACCUGUUUGCCUCUGAGAAUCGAGAUGACAUCAUCCGCAGCGCUAUAGAGCACGCUGGAAACUUCAUCGGCAUCACGCUACGUUUGAGGAAGGAGGCGCUGUCAUUUGAGGGUUUUGUAACGGAUCGCCUGGGGAAGUACAGCUCCGACGAUAGCAUCACUUCUCUGGCUGAGUUCGUGGUGCAGAAGAUCACGACUCGACACCCGGAGCCAGUAAAACGAAUUUUUGCCUUAACAGAAACAUGUCUGGUGGAGAGAGAUCCAGCUUCGUACAACAUCGUCACAAUCAAACCCUUCGGAGAGGUGUUUGCUCUCAUCUGUGAUGUAGACAACCCUCAGGUGUUUACAGUGGAAUUCAUCCGAGGCCAGAUCAGGAAGUACUCAUCUACUGAAAGGGACUCUCUGUUGGCCAGUCUGCUCGAUGGAGUCCGAGCUUCAGGUAACAGGGAUGUGUGCGUAAAGAUGGCCUCCACGCAGAGAGGGCAGCGGUGGGGUUUACUGAGCAUGCCCGUUGACGAGGAGGUGGAGAGUUUGCAUCUCAGAUUCCUGGCAGCACCUCCCAGUGGAAACUUUGCUGACGCGGUGUUCCGAUUCAACGCCAACAUAUCCUACAGCGGAGUGUUACACGCUGUAACCCAAGAUGGCCUUUUCUCAGAAAACAAAGAGAAGCUCAUCAACAACGCCAUCCUGUCUCUGUUAUCACAAGAAGGCGAGCUGCCAUCUUCAAACUCUGAGCUGGAAAGCCAUUUUCAGGCCAUUCGGCGCUUGGUGGCCUCCAAGGCUGGCUUCCAGGCCUUCACCCAGCUGCCUAAGUUUAGGGAAAAAUUGGGAGUAAAAACGGUCAAAGCUUUAAAAAGGAACAACAACGGUGUGACUCACGCUGCUAUAGACACACUGUGUGCCCUUAUGUGUCCGAUGCACGAUGAUUAUGACCUCCGACAGGAGCAACUGAACAAAGCCUCUCUUCUGUCUUCCAAGAAGUUUCUGGAAAACCUUCUUGAAAAAUUCAUCACCAAUGUGGAUCAUGGAACGGGAGCUUUGGUCAUCAGCUCCUUGUUGGACUUCUUAACGUUUGCUCUCUGCGCGCCCUACAGCGAGACCACUGAUGGGCAGCAGUUUGACAUGCUGCUGGAGAUGGUCGCCGCCAAUGGGCGGACAUUAUUUAAACUGUUCCAGCAUCCCUCUAUGGCAAUAGUGAAGGGAGCAGGUCUGGUGAUGAAAGCCAUCAUUGAGGAAGGAGAAAAGGAAAUAGCCACUAAGAUGCAGGAGCUGGCUUUAAGUGAGGGGGCUCUGCCGAGACAUCUCCACACAUCUCUGUUCACCAUCAGUGCCGACCAGCGGAUGCUCACCAACAGACAACUGAGUCGUCACCUGGUGGGACUGUGGACAGCAGAGAACCCUGUGGCCACCAACCUCCUAAAAAGGAUCCUGCCAACAGGUUUGUUGGCGUACUUGGACAGUUCCGAUCCUGUCCCAGAAAGAGAUGUGGACAGGAUGCACAUCCGUGACAACCUGAAAAUCGCUUCGGACCAGCUGAAUCGCAACAAGGUGCCUGAGUGGCAGCGGAUCGCAGGUAAAGCAGCCAAAGAGGUGGAGAAGUUUGCCAAGGAGAAGGCUGAUCUGGUGCUGAUGCACUGGAGGGAUAAGAUGGGCAUUGCUCAGAAGGAGCAGGACAGAAACAACUUGAAUCCAAACCAAAAGCCCGUCAUCCUGAGAAAGAGAAGGCAGAGGAUUAAGAUCGAAUCCAACUGGGAGCUUUUCUAUUACAGAUUUCAGCUGGACCAUGCACGCUCCAACCUCAUCUGGAACCUUAAAACUAGGGAGGAGCUGCGGGAUGCCCUGGAGGGGGAGAUGCGUGCUUUCAGUGUGGACCGUGAGCUCGGGAACGCCACCGUCAUCUCCUGGAACCAUCAGGAAUUUGAGGUGAAAUACGAGUGCCUUUCCGAUGAGAUAAAAAUAGGAGAUUAUUACCUGCGCCUGCUGCUGGAGGAGGAUGAGAACACAGAAUCCAGCGCCAUCAAGAGAUCAUACGAGUUCUUCAACGAGCUCUACCACCGCUUUCUGCUCACACCCAAAGUCUCGAUGAAGUGCCUGUGCCUGCAAGCGCUCGCCAUCGUUUACAGCAAGUGCUAUGAGGAGAUCGGUCCCUUCACAGACACAAAAUACGUUGUGGGCAUGCUGGAUCGGUGUACAGACAAGCUGGAGCGGGACAGACUCAUCCUGUUCCUCAACAAGCUCAUUCUUCAUAAGAAAAAUGUGAAGGAAGUAAUGGAUUCAAACGGAGUUCGUAUCAUGGUCGACUUGCUCACUUUGGCCCAUCUGCACACCAGCAGAGCUACUGUUCCACUUCAGAGCAACGUGCUGGAGGCGUCCCCGGACAUGAAGAGGGAGGGGGAGAAGGAGUGGUACUUUGGGAAUGCGGACAAAGAAAGACGAGGACCGUUUAGUUUUGAGGAGAUGCAGGAGUUUUGGAACACGGGUGUCCUGAAUGCUAAAACGCGCUGCUGGGCUCAAGGGAUGGAUGGGUGGCGCCCCCUGCAGGCCAUCCCUCAGCUGAAGUGGUGCCUGCUGGCAACGGGACAGUCGGUGAUGAACGAAUCGGAUCUGGCCACGAUGAUCCUCAACAUGCUCAUCACCAUGUGCUCCUACUACCCCAGCAGGGACCAGGACAAUGCCAUCAUCCGACCUCUACCUAAGAUCAAGAGGAUGAUCAGCGAUAAUGCCUGCCUCCCACACAUCGUUCAGCUGCUGUUAACCUUUGACCCCAUCCUGGUGGAAAAAGUUGCCAACCUUUUGUUCCUGGUGAUGCAGGACAACCCCAAUCUGCAGCGCCUCUAUCUGACAGGAGUCUUCUUCUUCAUCAUGAUGUACACCGGCUCCAAUGUGCUUCCUGUAGCGAGGUUCCUGAAGUACACUCACUUAAAACAAGCCUUCAAAUCGGAGGAGUCCAAGGGGCAGGACAUUGUGCAGCGCAGCAUUCUGGGACCCGUGUUGCCUGAAGCCAUGGUUUGUUAUCUGGAGAACUACGAGGCUGAGGGCUUCUCUGAGAUCUUCCUUGGUGAAUUUGACACGCCUGAGGCCAUUUGGAGCAGUGAGAUGAGGCGGAUGAUGAUAGAGAAGAUAGCAGCUCAUAUAGCUGACUUCAGCCCCAGACUGCAGAGCAACACGCGAGCGCUGUACCAGUACUGUCCUAUCCCCGUCAUCAGCUUCCCUCAGCUGGAUAACGAGCUCUUCUGCAACAUCUACUACCUCAGACACCUGUGUGACACCAUCCACUUCCCCAACUGGCCCAUUCGAGAUGCUGUGAAGCUGCUGAAAGACACUCUUGAAGCCUGGAAGAAGGAGGUGGAGAAGAAGCCACCGUCCAUGUCUGUGGACGACGCUUACGAAGUCCUGAACCUCCCGAAAGGACAGGGCCAGCACGAGGAAAGUAAAAUCAGGAAGGCUUACUUCAGACUGGCUCAGAAGUAUCAUCCUGACAAAAACCCAGAGGGCAGGGACAUGUUUGAGAAAGUCAACAAAGCUUAUGAGUUCCUUUGCACUAAAUCGGCCCGAAUCGUGGACGGUCCGGACCCGGAAAACAUCAUCCUCAUUCUCAAAGCCCAAAGCAUCCUUUUCAAUCGACACAAACAAGAACUGGAGCCGUACAAAUACGCCGGUUACCCCAUGCUGAUCAAAACCAUCAAGAUGGAGACCGACGAUGAGCAGCUGUUCUCUAAAGCCUCGCCUCUCCUCCCGGCUGCCGCCGAGCUGGCGUUCCACACGGUCAACUGCUCGGCCCUUAACGCUGAGGAGCUGCGCCGUGAGAGCGGCAUCGAGAUCUUACUGGAGGCUCUUUCUCGGUGUGUGGCUGUAUUAACUGCAUCCAGCCGGCCUGAAGACAUGGCUGUACAGGUGUGCGGGCACAUCUGUAGGUGCUACAGCGUAGCGGCUCAGUUUGAGGAAUGCAGGGAAAAGAUCAUUGAGCUUCCCAACAUCAUCCGAGACCUCUGUCACAUCCUGUACUACGGAAAGGGUCUCCCGAAGACGGCGGCUCUGGCAGUUCAGUGCGUUAGCUCCUUUGCGGUGGACUUCUUCCUGCAGACCCAUCUGUUCCACGCCGGUGUGCUUUGGCACCUGUUGGUCCACCUGUUCAACUACGACUACACGCUGGAGGAGAGCGGCGUGCAGGCCAGCCAGGACACCAACCAGCAGGAGGUCGCCAACAGCCUCGCCAAACUCAGCCUGGUGGCUGUCAGCCGCCUGGGAGGCUACGCUCCAAUGCCGGGCACCCCCGAUGCGCCCCAGACCAACGGCAUGGACGGCACCCCUCCAGAAAACCCAACUGUACGCAAGAGUUUAGCCGCGAUGCUAACGCCGUACAUCUCCAGGAAGCUGGGAUUGGGAUCUCCCGCUGAGGUCCUGAAGCUGCUGAACAGCAACUCCGAGAAUCCGUACCUGAUCUGGAACAACGCGACUCGAGCCGAGCUGCUGGAGUUCCUGGAGGGUCAGCAGGAAGGAAACAUCAAGAGAGGUGAAAACGAUAAAAGCUUUGGAGCAAAUUUUGUGUUUGAUGAUCACGGCAAAGAGCUGAUAGUCGGGGAGAUUUUUGUCCGAGUUUACAACGAGCAGCCUUCCUUCCCUCUGGAGUUCCCCAAAGCGUUCGCUGCUAGUCUGCUGGACUACGUCGGCUCCCAGGCUCAGUACCUCCACACUCUGCUGGCCAUGAGUCACAGCAACAAGGUGGAGUCCCAGCAGCACGCCGAGAGGCUCAACUUUGCUGAGAUGGCUUUAGAAGCUCUCCGUAACGUGAUCAAGAACAACCCGGGCUCGGAGUCGGAGUGCAUCGGCCACUUUAAGCUGCUCUUCUCCCUGCUGCGUGUUCACGGAGCCGGCAGAGUGCAGCAGCUGGUUCUGGAGGUCGUCAACACGGUGACGUCCAACCAGGAAUGUGUGAGCAACAUUGCCGAUUCCCUGGUGUUGUCCAACCUCUUGUUGCUGCUCCAUUCACUUCCCUCCAGCAGGCAGAUUGUGCUGGAAACCCUCCACGCACUGACUUCUAACACAAAGAUCGUUAAAGAGGCGAUGGCCAAAGGUGCUCUGAUCUAUUUGCUGGACUUGUUUUGUAACUGCACACACCCCCAGGUCCGCACACAGACCGCUGAGCUGUUCUCCAAGAUGACCUCCGACAAGCUGGUUGGACCGAAGGUGCGUUUGACUCUGAUGCGUUUCCUCCCGGGCGUAUUCAUGGACGCCAUGCGAGAUAACGCUGAGGCUGCAGUGCAGAUCUUUGAGGGAACGCACGAGAACCCUGAGCUCAUCUGGAACGACACCUCCAGGGAGAAAGUGUCCACCACCGUCAGAGAGAUGAUGCUGGAGCACUUUAAGCAGCAGAAGGAUAAUCCUGACGUCAGCUGGAAGCUGCCAGAGGACUUCACAGUGGAGUAUGGAUCUGGGCAGGGCGAGCUCGAGGUCGGUGGAGUUUUCCUACGAAUCUUCAUCGCCCAGCCUGGCUGGGUGCUGCGAAAACCUCGGGAAUUCCUGGUUUCCCUCUUGGAGACUUUGAGUGAGCUGCUGGAGAAAAAUAACCCCAACGGUGAGGCUCUGGAGACCAUCACCACGGCAGCAGUUUGCCUGUUCAGCACUCACAGCCACCUGGCGGAUCAGGUUCCUCCUCUGGGUCACCUGCCCCGCGUCCUGGCAGCGCUCAACCACAAGAACAACACCGUGCCCAAGAGCUCCAUCCGCCUGAUCCACGUCCUGUCGGAGAACGAGCUGUGCGUGCGUUCCAUGGCGUCUUUGGAGACGAUCGGCCCUCUGAUGGCUGGGAUGAGAGUCCGCGCCGACAUGGCCGGACUGGCGUGUGAGGCUCUCAACCGAAUGUUCCAGAAGGAACAAACGGAGCUAGUGGCUCAGGCUCUGAGGGUGGAGCUGGUCCCAUACCUGCUGAGGCUACUGGAAGGAAUCGGCCUGGAGACGUUGGAAAACCCUUCAGCUACCAAGGCUCAGAUCGUAAAAGCUCUCAAGUCCAUGACUCGCAGUCUCCAGUAUGGAGAGCAGGUAAACGAAAUUCUUGCAAAGUCUUCAGUCUGGAGUGCCUUCAAAGACCAGAAACAUGACCUUUUCAUCUCAGAGUCCCAGACUGCAGGCUACCUGACGGGGGUUUCCACUCCGUCUCUCCUGGCUGCCAGCAGCCCUCUGCGAGGCGGGCUCUAGACUCCAGAGCCGGGGCCUCACAGCCCUUCUCUCUCUUGCUCUGAUGCAGGUCCAGGAGUUGCGGGUUACCUCACAGCAGGAACUGGAACCACAGUAUUGUCCAGCGUCCCACCCCCUGUGGACAACAACGUCGGAGAUCAAGGCUGAAGGACACCCCUCACACAGUCCCGCUACAGCUCCCAGACUGCCCUGCAGUUUCACCGCCACAGCUCGGAGAAGGACUGAUCUGCUCCCCAGAAGAGAGGCGGGGGGACGACCAGUGAGAGCAGUCCAUCCCAGACUGUCACCAAAUUCUCCACAACACCACCUGCAGCAUCACUCUUCUUUCCUCUGCUUAGAAAUGACACUCAAGUCUUCAUUGAUGCUUUCUUUUAACAGAUGACCAUGUUUUUGUGCUUUUUCUUUGUUUUUGUUUUUUUGACAGAAAAAGGUUUACUUUUUGUAUGAAUAUAUUUUUUCUCUAGAAUUUUUUUCCGUCAUGAGAAAGAAAAGAGAAGACCAAGACUUGUGAUGGAAGCUGUUGUCUCCUCUCCAUUCAUAUCCUGACUAAAACACCUGGUCUGAGGAGAUUGGGCCUAGUUUGUGCACUUGACAUUGCUGAUCUCUUAGAUAAACAUUUCCAUGUCUGUGUUCAAGAAUUCCAUCAUGAAAACAAAAGAAAUGAGAAAAUGAAUCCCUAACGUGUCUCAUUCCUUCCCUCUGACUGAAGCUGGUUGUUCUGGUUUUGUCGCACAAACCUGCUCUAACAUUUCAGCCUUUCAUUCCUCCCACCGGCUCUGCUCACUCUGUGAAAGAUCGUCUUAUUCGCUGCCUAAAUCGUUUUAAGUAAUUCUUUCCCCAGAAUGCAAAAAGCACUAGAUUAUUUAUAAGUCAGAAUAUUAAAUGAAUAAAAUAACUGAAGGAAAGGAGCGUCUUCUGACACGAAGAAUGACUUUGAUUUUGAAUCUAUGUGAAAAACUAGUGCAAUUUGUGAAAUGUUCAAUGUAAUAUUGCAUAUAUAAACUUUCUAUAUUGAAUGUACAUUAAAAAAAUCAGUCACAGUUGUACAUAAAAUUUUAAGAAUAAAAGGGAAUCCAAAGUGGUGA